UGUACACAGACAGACAGGCAGACAGACAGACAGACAGAGCAUCAUGUGGCUCAGAGCUGAAGGCUAAGAGCUGGAGCAGCGGCACAGCGAGCGAACGACACCACAGCUCCAUGCGUCAACAUGCCAACGUUCUCAGUCAUGUAUAAAGGAGCAGUGAUCAUCAGCAGGACUCUGAUGGGUCCGUACGGAGUAGACCGAGCUGUUCAUUCCAUGGAGUUCACAGACUGUGAGAAUGGCCUGGGAAUUAAAGUGAUCGGUGGAGUGAAGGAGCUGACGGGAGAGGAGUUUGGAGUCUAUGUCAAACGGAUUUUACCAGGUGGCCUUGCUUCAAGUGACGGUAAACAGGAUUUCUCACCUGUCCCAGGGAACCUGCUGCCAGGGGACCAGAUCUUGGAGGUGAAUGGUGGAAGUCUCGUAGGAGUGACAAGUGAAAGGGCUGUGGACAUCUUGAGAGCAGCCUCUGCGACCAAUCACAUGCGACUUCUCAUAGCCAGAGAUGAGGAGGCAAAGAGAGAAUUUGCAGAGCUGAUGGACAAAUAUGGAUCUAAUGGCAGCACAGGAUCAACACGAAACUCUCCCAUCCAGCAAGGCGGUCGCUGCCUGGAGAGCACCUCGUCUGGCUCGUCGUCUCGCUCUCAGAGUCCUUUGGCGUUGAGCCCGGCAGGCUCUCAGAACAUGUACAACAAUGGUGGUCCCAUGCUGCGCUCCCUCAGUCACCCGGGUGAAGGAGUGAUUCAGCUGCUCACUGUGGCACGAUCCACUAGUUUUGGCAUCACCAUCGGAGGAGGCUCCAACAGGCCUGACGGCCCUGCUGUCUUCAUCCAGGAGGUUCUGUCUGGAGGAGACUGUCACAGGGACGGACGUCUGAGGCCUGGCGAUCAGCUCAUUGCCAUUAACAAAGAGUCCUUGAUAGGUGUUACCCAAGAGGAGGCCAAGAGCAUGCUGAACAGAGUCAAACUCAGCCAAGAACACUCGCUGGAGAUCGCCUUCAUUCCAGGGAAAGGACUUUUUCCAAGCAGCUCGUCUCUCCACAACGGAGUCCAGCGAGCCGCUGGGAACAGCUACAACUCUGCACGAUUAAAAGUUCACAUCAGAUCACCCGAGAUUUGUACAGAGGAGCCAGCUCCAGGGUCCUCACUGUCUCCUGACAUCUGCCCACCAGAUAUUCAUAUAUCAGAUUCAACCAGCCAACGGUCACCAACGGCAACCAAACCCAAGAUCACACUGGACCCCCACAUACGCCUCAAAUCAGACAAGUUAGACUUGGCCUUGUCUUUCCUCGGGUUGGACGUCACCGAAGAAAAGAGGAAGAAGUUGAGACAGGAACUGACCACAGACCCACAAGGCACUGUGGCCUAUGGAGAUUUUGUGGAGGCCAUUCGGAGCAUCUUCCAGGAGAACCUGGAGGAGCUGGCUUUAGGGGAGGCUCCCUUCAUGUUCUCUUACCAUGAAGCAGCCAGCCUGCUGGACACGUCUGCCUUUCAUUCACCUACAUAUGAAUCAGAGUGCAGCUACAGCAGUGAGGAUAUGGACCAGUUUCAGACAGAGGUGAAGCAGCUGCACACCCAGAUGAAGCAGCUAAAGGUGAUGCUGAAGGACAUGGAGCACAGCAAGAAGACCCUGGAGGAGGAGCUGCAGAAGACCACAGAGAGAGCGUGUCUGACUGUGGAGGAGAACCUGCGUCUGAAGAGUCGCCUGCAGGCAGCGGAGGCUGACGUGGUGCAGAGGCCGAGCAGCAGCGCCGAGCAGGACUAUGAGGAGGUGAUCCAGCUGCUGGAAGCUGAGAUCAGAGACCUGAAGAGCCAGCUGGUCACCACGAGGCAAGCAGACGCAGAGGACACCGCCAAGGGGGGAGGUGCUGGAGGUGAACAGGAGUCUGAAGACCACUGACUGUCAGCUGAAGAGAAUGUCCACAGUGCUGACCACACCUAGUCUGUUUGGAGGAGAAGGAGGGUAAGAGACCGCUGA